GAUAUCACUCUCUACUGUUUCUGUCUGUGGCCUUCACUGACUUGAUCUUGGGAUCAGAGUCAUUACAAUGUCUUCUCCUGCGAUUGCUUUGCCUCCGCCAGCUCCGGCCAAAUCUCCUAAAAAGAGAGCCAAGUCUCCGAGGAAGAAAACUGGUCCGACUGUGUCAAACCUGAUAUUGAAGGCUGUGUCCACAUCCACACAGCGCGGCGGUGUGUCUCUGGCAGCUCUGAAGAAGGCUCUGAAGGCCGGUGGAUAUGAUGUGGUCAAAAACAAUGCCAGGAUCCUCAUCGCCGUGAAGCGUUUGGUGACCAAAAAAUCUCUGGUCCAAACCAAGGGUAGCGGGGCUUCGGGCUCUUUCAAAAUAAACAAAAAGCCCCCGACGCCUCGGAAGAAGAAGGUGGUGGGGAAGAAGAAGCCAAAGGCGAAAAAGGUCAAGAGGGCCAGCGCCAAGAAAGCAGCAGGAGGAACAACUCCAGCAGCCAAGAAGUCCCCCAAGAAAAGGAGAAAGUCAAGGAGCCCGAAGAAAGCCAAGAGACCCGCUGCGGCCAAGAAGCCAAAGAAGCCAAAGAGCCCAAAGAAGACCAAACGCAGGGUCUCCAAAUCUGCCAAGGCCAGGUCUGCUACCAAGAAGUGAAUACUCUUCCACUGAACACUUUGUGGAUUCUGUGUGGACUGAGCUGCAUUCAAGUCUAGCUUUAAGCAGUUUUACUUUUCUAAAGUAGAAAAUAUGAACUCGCGGGUUGUACAAGCCUUUCUUUCUUGCUUUUUGUCAUGAUGUUCUAAUGAACUGAAUAGCACUUGCUUGAAAUAAAAUAAUUUUUCAUUUA